AUGGCUUCCACAACUCAAAUAAAUCUGCGACCCAGACCGGCUCACACUUCCGGGCCAACCUAUCUAUCGUAUACCCCAGAUGGCACAAAAUUGGUCACAGUCGGUUCAAAUAACACAACUCGAGUGUACAAGACUGGAUCCGAUGGAGAACCUACGAACAUUGAUGAUUGCCAAGAGCAGAAUAUGGGGGUUGAUUCUACAAAUGACUUCUUCGUAGCAGGUUCCGAAGAUGGAACUGUCAGCAAAUAUUCUCUUGAUACAAUGUCAUUCGACAAAUUCCUUAUGCGCUGUUCGUUACCAGUUCGAGAUAUUGCGAUAUCCCCGAAUGGCAAAUGGUGUGCCGUUGCCAGCGACGAGCUCACCGUCAAAAUCGUGAACACGAACGAUGUAAACCAUAUGAUGUACCUCCGAGACCAGCAGAAGCCUGUGAAGCAUUUGUCGUUCGACCCAAGCAACAAAUUCAUAACUCUGUCGUGUACGGAUGGUAUGAUAUACGUUUAUUCGCUGUUGAACGAGGAUCCGGAACUUGUGAGGACGAUUGAUGGAAUGAUUAGAGCUGUUGAGACGGAUGAUGAGAUUAGCUCGAAAGUCGCAUGGCACCCUGAUGGUAGAGCAUUCGCUGCACCAACUUCUACAAGAGACAUUCAAGUCAUGUCUAGGAGUGAUUGGGAGAAACAGCGUGUUUUCGCAGAUGGCCAUACAGGAGAUAUCACGGCAUUGGCGUGGUCACCAAACGGAGCAAUGCUUGCAUCGGCUGGUAAAGAUAGGAAGAUUUUACUUUGGGAGACCAAGACACAAAAGAUCAUUUCGACUUAUGACCAUGCAAAUGUGAUGGAUUUGGCCUGGCAUCCUACCGACAACUUGCUUUCUUUCACGAAUUCGGAUGGAGAAGUCUAUAUCUUCCAAGAUUUUGUACCCAAUGAGCAUGCUCACCUAGUCAAACUGGGACGGCAACCAGCCCCUUUCAUCCAUGACCCGUUAUCGGAAAUUUCAAAUAAUGCACGACGACCAGCCACAAAUGGCACGAAAGAUAUGCCCGUUCGAGGCGCCCGGCGUGGCUCACCUGACAGCUUGGAUGAUAUUCUUGGCUCUGAUAUCAUGGAAGAUGAGGAUGACUUUGUUAUUGAUGACGAUGGCGCUGGGUAUGCACUCGGAAUCAAUGGCAAUGGCAAGAGACCUGCAGACGAUCUGGAGCCCUAUGGGGGCCCCAGGACUAAGAGACAAGCGCAGGCAUGGGAGCCACAAUAUCAUGAAUCUUUCCAGCCAGGUAGCACUCCUUGGCGCGGAGACAGAAAGUACCUUUGCCUCAAUCUGAUUGGGUUUGUAUGGACGAUCCAGCAGGGUGAUUAUCAUCAAGUCACGGCAGAAUUCUACGACCGUGAAACAUAUCGCGAUUUCCACUUUACAGACCAUUUAUUGUAUGAUAAGGCCUGUCUCAACGAAAAUGGCUCUCUUUAUUCUUGUCCUUCCAGCCCCCACCAUUCAGCCACCAUAUUAUACCGCCCUCAUGAAUCAUGGACAAGUGGCACAAACCGUGUAGAGUGGCAGACAGAGCUACCUAAGGGCGAGGAAGUUAGUGCCAUCGCACUUAGCGAAUCUUUUGUCACAGUCACUACUACAGCGAAUUACGUUCGCAUAUACACACUUUUUGGAAUACCGUUCAGGGUGUAUAGACAGAAAAGUGGCCCCACUGUUACAUGUGCGAGUUGGAGAGAUUAUGUCCUUACUUUGGGAAAUGGUCCCGUGGGUGCGGAUGGUAAUACAAAAUUGUUGUAUACAAUACAAAACAUUAAAAGGGAUGAAAUUUGCCAGAACGAAGAUGUGGUAGCUUUACCAGAUGGCGAAACAGUGAAAAGCGUCUUCUUUUCAGACAAUGGAGACCCGUGCAUUUACGACUCUACCGGAACACUCCUGACUCUUAUCCACUGGCGCGAGCUAUUGCAGGCAAGUUGGGUCCCUCUUCUUGAUACCAGACUUCUCUCUCGUCUCGCAAGUGGGCGUAAAACAGAGACAUAUUUCCCAGUGGCGGUGUCAGACAACAAAUUUCACUGCAUCAUCUUGAAAGGUGGUGAUAAAUACCCCUAUUUUCCUCGUCCUCUGCUCUCCGAGUUUGAUUUCGAAAUACCUAUUUCCUCACAGCCGAAGCCUGCCGGCAGGCAUGACGACGACGACGAAACUUCGGGCGGAGACGAAAUGAAGAAAUUAGAAGGGGAAUUUGUCCUGAAGAGUAUUCUUUCAACACUGAAGUCGGAUCUUGUCAAGUCUACCGCAAGCACACAGACAGAACGAACAGAGUUGUCAAUGAUGGAUGUCGAGAUUGAUAAAACCCUGUUGAGGAUGAUGAUGGCAGAAUGUAUUGAAGGCGAGGAAAGAGGUAUGAGAGCAUUAGAGAUGGUGCAGUUAAUGAAGGAUAGGACAGGAAGAAUGAUUGAGGCAGCGGGUAAAAUAGCAGACAAAUACGAUAGGGUGAUAUUAGGAGAGAAAAUAAGGGAAUUGGGCGAAGACAGGUUGUUGGAGAUGGAUGAGGACUGA